UUUUUCUCGCCUCAAAUCCGACUUUCCCCUCCAUCGACUUCGUAUAUCCUUGACGCAGAUCCUACCAGUCGCUUGCGAACCGCGACGCGCAAAAUAUCGCAAUGGGCUGGUUCUGGGCCGAGCCGCCGCCUGAGGCCGGCAUUCCGCAAGGACACCCUGCCGUGCCUUUGAACAAAGAGCCUCCGCCCGGAUGCCCGAUGCACCAAAAGGCCGCCGAUGCCUUCAACCCACACAAAGCCAAACCCGUCCAGCCCGUCGAGAAGCCGUCGUCCUCCGGCUGCCCGGUCCCCCACGGCUCGUCGUCGCCUCUGCCGCCGUCUUCCUGUCCCGUGCCCCAUGGCUCCCGUAACCAGCAGCAGGAGGAGCCCAAGUCGCUACUCUCUCAGCUCAACCCCCUCAAUUACAUGUUCCCGGACCUGUCACAGAAGCCAGCGCCUAAGCAAACAAUGGCGCUGCCGACGGAGCGCGAAGAGUCCUCCAUCCCCAAGGGCUCCGGCGACGGCACAUGGGAGUAUCCGUCCCCCCAGCAGAUGUACAACGCCCUGCUGCGAAAGGGCUACACCGACACGGACAUCACGGCGGUGGAGUCUAUGGUCUCUGUGCACAACUUCCUGAACGAGGGCGCGUGGCAAGAGAUUGUCGACUGGGAGAAGCGGUUUGCGCGCGGCCUGUACAGGGGCUGGCAGGUCUGCAAGCGGGGAGAGGCGCACGCGGAGGAGGAGCUGGAUCGGCACUGGGAUGGGGUCGAGGUCAACCCGACGCUCAUUCGCUUCCAGGGCCGGCCCAAGGACCUCACGCCCAAGGCGACGAUGCUGCAGGUCCUGGGCUGGAUCUACCCCGAGAAAUUCGGAACGGACCUCCCCUUUGAUCGUCACGACUGGUACGUCUCCCGCGACGUCAACGGCGAGAAGAAGGAGAUCCGCUACGUCAUCGACUACUACUCCGGCGAGCCGGAGCCGACCGGGGAGCCCGUCUUCUACCUCGACGUCCGGCCCGCGGCCACGCCCCUGGGCGCUGCCGAGCGCAUCAUCCGCUGGAGCACCGACGUGUGGUGGAAGGCGAUAGGCGGCGACCAGCGGGAGCAGAACCCGCAGCCAUUCUUCCGCCACAACGCCGUCAAGCCUUGGGGUUGAGGAAUGAUCAAGUCUUUUGACGAUGAGGAUGAAA